CAAUCAGCAGUCAUGGAGUGCCGGUACUACAGACUCUUCUACAAGCAGCUCAUCUACCCGUGCGACUGACGACGGCGACGAUUUAAGAGGGCGAGAAAGAAAGAAGAAAAAAAAAGGUCAAAAUAGAGAGAGUUGUGAAUACAUUGGCCCAAAAGUACAACUUUGAGAUGUUAUUGUUGGCCACAGGGCGGGAUAAUGAGACCGUAUGAAAAGUAUGGAAUUUGUAUUUCAUGAAUCGGUUUAAAAGAAAAAAAACAACGACGGAAGAAAUAUCUUUAUCGUGAUGGUACAAGACGAGCUUACACAACGACGGAGUGAAUAGGUAGAAUAAAUCAAUGCACCCUGUCUACAAAUUACAUAUUUACCUGACUAUGAAAGGCAAUGUAGAUGAUAACAUGAUAUAUUUACAGUUCACAUGCCAAAAUCAUAAUAAAUAGUUACAAGAAGAUUUUACAGAUAAAGACAAAAGGUUUCAUUAAUAAUAUAUUUUUGUUUACAAAACGAUCGGCAAUAUAAAAAAAAAGUAAUUAAAAAAAAAAUAAACAUACGGUCUUACUGCAAGUAUCAAGUGAUCGUUGGGCUUCAAGAUAUGGAUUACAAUCUGGAUAUGGGAGGUUGCCAUGCUACAAUCUGGAUAUGGGAGGUUGCCAUGGUAGCUCAAACCCUUUUCCGGCCAUUCUUGUCUGGGGCAUGAACAACGUUUCAUGACCUCUACACAACGGUGGGAUCUCUACAAGUUGGUGUAACACGAGGUGAUGGAUGGUCCAAGUUGUGUUGCCCACUUCCAAAGAUUUGGUUAAAAAUAUCUCACCAAGUACAACAAGCCCAACAACGAGAUGGGUUAAACCGGCCACCAGCGUUUUCACUAACCUUACAAUACACGGAUUUCAUCCCAUGGUGUCCGAACAUUCAGAUGGUGUCCAAAAUUUCAGAUGAAAUAAAAGAAAAAGGAUUAAAACCCUCAUGAUAUGGAAUUUGUGUAAAAUUAAUAUUUUUUUUUAUUUAAUCAAAAUAAGAAAUUAAGAAAUUUAACUCGGUUUAAACAAAGCGAACGAAUAUUUUUGUGCCAAAAUUAUCGUGCAUGGAUUGGACUGAAAAGGAAACCGGGUGCUUUGAAAGGGCCGAUUAAAUAUGAGAAGGUCGUCGAGAUUCGUGCGCACCUUUCAACGGGUCAAGAAUCCACCAGGUGAUAUAAAAAAAUCGCACUAAAAAGUCUACUUUCCGGAUUGUGCGCGAUCACCUGGGCUUCGGCGUCAUGGAGUCCUUGGCGACCGUGGACGGCUCCGGCGUCACGACCACGGCCAUCUUCAACUACUCCCAGUACGUGACGUCGCAGACGUCCUCCAACGUGACAGACGACGACGGUAACGUCACGAGCAGCAGGGGCUACGUCAUGCUCGAAGCCGACAAGCACCGGGUGAUUAUCAUCGCAGUUAUCAUGGCAUGUAAGUUGAAUGUCGUGUCCUCCUGAGGGCAUGUAAGUUGAAUGUCGUAUCCUCCUGAGACUGUCUGUCCGUGUUUCUGUUGCCACAAGUCUUAGCGACAUAAUUGGAUCAUCAUUGGGUUUAGGUGGGAAAUAUCAAUGGAUACAUAUGAUUUUUAAAAAAAAAAUAUGGUUAUGUUCUCUACUGAUUUAAUGGUAAUUUAAAAUUAUAUAGUUUUAAUAAUUUAUCUUUUCAGUUCACCCAGUGUCUUAGGUUACCCUUCAGUAUCAAUGUGUCUUCCAUUAUAACAAGCCUAUUUUAAAACACUUUUCAUUAAGCUUUACCUGGAUAUUUUUCGUUUUUUUUUGCUGUUUCACUGUUGAUCCGUUAUUUUGACAUGACGAGCCACUUCUUUUCUAGGUUAAAAUUUUUCUUCUAUACACCUGAGAAUUGGUUCGCUGUUUUAUCAAAGCACACAUCAAAUUUACUUUAGAUCAUCAAUUUACCUUUUCCAAAAUAAAUGCAGCUAAAUAAAGGAAGGGAAGGAUGCACAAAUCGUGGCCGAUCGUGUAGCGUGAAUCCGCAAUUUCUUUAAGAUUAAAUACCUGAAUAUAAAUUAAAAGAUGUUGGUUGGCUCAUUUAUAAGGUAUUCAUAUCACAUUUCGAAAAUUCGGUUUCAGUUUAAUUUUUUUAAAAUCAUUUUCAAUUUUAAUUAAACUUUUUUUUUCUUUUUAAAAUCAGAGAUCUAGAUUCGCUCCAUUGAAGUAAUUAUUGUAUAAAAAUUGUGCCGAUAAUUACUUUUUUGUAUUUUCCUAAUUUUAAAAAAAGUCUAACUUUUCAAAAACCAUUUUUUAAUGUUCAUAUAUAUAUAUAUUUCGGUUGGUAAUGAUUGUCUUGUAUAUGUGGGUGUAUUUAAACUAAGGGGUGGCUGGUGGUUCUUAGUACACUAGAACUCAAUUUAGCUUUAAGUUUCAGCCAUUUAUUGUGAAAUAUUCAGGGUAAGCAUCGUAUGGCCAUUAAUGCAACGACAGGCGAGUAGGCAUCUUUUGAUUUUUAAUGACAUGAGGAAAGCAUGUCAAAUCAAUUCAGUCAAAAUAUAUUGACAUGGACUCUGAGCUUAAUGUGUUUGUUUGAAAGCUGUCACCUUACACGGAUAUGUCAUUUAACACUGACAUGUCAGCUAAGACCAUCACAUCACCUAACAAGGCCGUGUCACCUAAAGCUGCCAUGCCACCCGCCACUGACAUGUCACCCGAACACUGCCGCGCCACCUAACACUGCCACGUCAAGUAACACUGACUCGUUAUCUAACACGUAAAACUGUCAUGUCACCCAGCAAUGACAUGUCCCUUUAACACUGUCACGACAACUAACAAUAAACGUGUCUUAUGACACUGCCACAUCGCCUAAUUCUACCUUGUCACCUAACACCGCAAAGUCACCUCACACUGACACAUCACCUGACACUGACAUAUCACCUGACACUACCAAGUCAUGUACGACUGACAUUUCAGUUUUAUUAUGUUUUUGUUGUAAAAUGCCAUUAAGGCCUUCCCUGCGUAUCUGUUUGCUAACAAUGACACCGACCCCCUCUCUGCAGUCACCCUGAUAGGAAACAUGACCAUGAUCCUGGUCCUGCUGUGCAAGAGGUCAAGGCGAAUCAAGCGGGUCAACAUCCUGCUCGUCAACCUGGCCAUCGGCGACCUGGGGGUGGCCCUGUUUGUCAACUCCACGGAGAUCUUUUUCAUAGCCUUCGGCGACUGGGCGCUGGGCCCCCUGAUGUGCAAGAUCAGCGUCUACGUCCAGGUAACUAACUGUAACAGCCGUUGACUUAAACAUAUUACAAUUGUUUGCGUUUAGCGCUAUGUCCUUAAUGUUCUUAGGUAUACAUAUGGUACAAAUCACCCUUAAUGUUCUUAGGUAUACAUUUGGUACAAAUCACCCUUAAUGUUCUUAGGUAUACAUAUGGUACAAAUCACUAUUAAUGUUCUUAGGUGUAUGUACUGUAUAAAUCACAAUUAAAGUUUUUAGGUGUAUGUAUUGUACAAAUCACCCUUAAAGUUCUUAGGUGUAUGUAUUGUACAAAUCACCCUUAAAGUUCUUAGGUGUAUGUAUUGUACAAAUCACCCUUAAAGUUCUUAGGUAUAUGUAUUGUACAAAUCACCCUUAAAGUUCUUAGGUGUAUGUAUUGUACAAAUCACCCUUAAAGUUCUUAGGUGUAUGUAUUGUACAAAUCACUCUUAAUGUUCUUAGGUGUAUGUAUUGUACAAAUCACCCUUAAAGUUCUUGGGUGUAUGUAUUGUACAAAUCACCCUUAAAGUUCUUAGGUAUAUGUAUUGUACAAAUCACCCUUAAAGUUCUUAGGUGUAUGUAUUGUACAAAUCACCCUUAAAGUUCUUAGGUGUAUGUAUUGUACAAAUCACUCUUAAUGUUCUUAGGUGUAUGUAUUGUACAAAUCACCCUUAAAGUUCUUGGGUGUAUGUAUUGUACAAAUCACCCUUAAAGUUCUUAGGUGUAUGUAUUGUACAAAUCACCCUUAAAGUUCUUAGGUGUAUGUAUUGUACAAAUCACCCUUAAAGUUCUUAGGUGUAUGUAUUGUACAAAUCACCCUUAAAGUUCUUAGGUGUAUGUAUUGUACAAAUCACCCUUAAUGUUCCUUGGUGUAUGUAUUAUAAAAAUCACUCUUAAUGUUCUUAGGUGUAUGUAUUGUAAAAAAAACUCUUAAUUUUCUUAGGUAUAUGUAUUGUACAAAUCACUCUUAAUGUUCUUAGGUGUGUUACGGUACAAAGCACUGUGAGGUUUUUUGUUGUUGUUGUAGUUGUUCAAGCUUCUGUCCCAGCACUCAGUGCUGUUGUUCGUAGAGUAAAAGCAAGUUAUAGACUGUUUAGCACGUCACUCUAUCGCUUCGGUAGUUGGCAUUGUUAAAUGUUUAAUUUCACGAAUUUCAACAAAUUAGGUCUUCUUCUUCUUCCUCAUUUUGAAAUUGUUUUAUAAUCAAAUAUUACCUUUCGCGAUAUAUCGGUUUGAAGUCGCUUGCACAUUGGACUCACCUCAUUGGCAUCAGCUGCGAUCACUAAGGAUCCGAUGGAAACACUUAUUGCGUUGCCUAUCAGAGCCUCUAAAUUGGUAUCUCAACCCGUUAGUGUCAAAGGUUAACAGGCAACGACCGGUUGUACAUAAACCAUUGUACAUUCAGUUGAGUAUACGACUGAUAUAUCAACUGGCCAUAUUAAUUCAAAAGUAAUAUGAUUACAGAUUAAACCCUCGCCCUUCCUUCGAGAGGCAAGUCUUAUUAAUGGUUCUCACUUCACCGGCAGUAAAUCUGCCCAGUUCGAAAUGACCAAACCGACUCGUGGGAUCACUUUAUAACCAUCGUUGAUCUCUGGGGUCAAUCCUAACACAAUUUAAAAAAAAAAAAAGAUUUGUUUGAGACCUACGCGCGGUUCCUAGAACUCGGGCUGCUUGAUAACCAUCUCUAAUCUAGAACUGAAACGUAAUGAGUUGAACCAAACAAAUCAAGACACCUGGUGUGUGAAUAGGGCGGUGGCAGCGGCGUGGCUACGUAAGGGUUAGUGCCGCCAUGGGACGGCAAAUAUUUUGCCACCUUCCACGGGAAAAAAGAAAACAACUCUACAGUUUUUAGAAAAUGUCCCCCUUCCAAAUAAAGACAAAAAUUGCCACCCGGGACCAAGCGACCCCCACCAAACACCCCUUUCUACACCACUAAGCGGGCGGUUUUGCCAUAAUGUUGCCGUUAGAAGCCAAAUGUAAGAAUUGAUCCCAUCUUUUUUAUGUAAAAUGUUAUUUCAAGAAAUACGGUUUUUUUCGUUGAUAACUAUCAUUAUGAAAAUGAGUUAACACCUUUGAAUUGUACCCGAAGAAGGUCCAGCCCAAUGUUGCAAUGAAAUAUAGGACAGCUGUCCUUGUGUGGUUAAAAAGGUAUUUUUCCUUUUAAGCUGAUUCGGUCACUAAGCCCCACUAAUGACUCGAACUCAGCAUUUGUUUGCCCCGGGUCUGUCCUCCGGGAGGACGUGACAGGAAUAAAACUUUCGCUUCACGAGCCUAGGUGAAAGAAUGGAAAAUAAAGUACUGGUAAGCUUUGAUGUCUGCAACUGAAGAAUAAUUGGACUGGAUUAAAAAGAACUGUCUUUUAAUUUUAAAAAAAAUUAUAAUAACUAUGUACGCAUCAGAUUUAAAAAAAAAAAAUAUUUUUAUUAUCUCAAGAUAAUAAAAUUGUAACCUUGAUUCAGAAAUUUGCUAUUUUUUUAAUUGUUGAAAUAAAAUCUCAAGGAUUUUGUAUAAACUAUAAUGAGUCUGAUUACCGUACAAGAUUUUAGAAGAAAAUUACCCACGGUUCUGAAAGCGAUCUGAGUGACAGGACAGCUAUUCAUUGCUUUUAAUAAUGGCAAACGAAUUGGUAAUUUAUGAAUGAGAAUUUAUCAGCCAACAACGAGAUUUUUUUUUUUGGGGGGGGGGGGGGGAAAAGGCGAUGGCUUCGUUGUGUCUAGGGGUUUAAUUAUGUUCACUUCACAAACCAUUGAUUAUCAAUAUCAAAAAAAAGAAUCUUUAUUAACUAAAUCUCAACUGCCCCUUACUCACAAGACCACACUGCACAACAACAAUGCGUCAUGUCCCCUUUCGCGCAAUACGUCACAAAAUAUCAAACACUUAAUAGCAACAUCUACCCAAAUACUCUCCAAGCAACACGCAAUCACAAUAUGCAUUCAAGUCUUUAACAUGGGGGGGGGGGGGGGGAGAUUUAUUUUAAAAAUAGAACAUUCUAAAAAUGUCAAAUCUAGUCUUAUUCCUUUUGCACGGUUACCAGAAACUAGUGCGAACCCAAUUUGUUCAAUAAAAAUUUGUUCAAAACCAAUUUUUUCAAUACCAGUCUGUUCAAAACCAAUUUGUUCAGUACUAAUUUGUUCAAUACCAAAUUCUUCAAUACCAAUUUGUUAAAAAACAAUUUUUUAAUGAAGGAAUUUUUUUCGGAGAGAAGCUAGUUCGAACGCCUUCAACACAUUCCAAUUGUAUCUUGUAAUUUUAAUAUUAUUUCUUUUAUCACUUUGAAGGUGGUUUUGAAAUAUAUGUUCACAUUUUUUUAAUUUUGAAGAAACUUGAAUCAACUUUUUUUUUUUAAAUAAAUGCUCUAUUUAAAAAAAAAAAAAAAAAACAAAAAAAAACGCUAACCGAGUGCUCUGCAGGAAAAAGGGACUUCCCCUUUCUCAGUAACUUGUUAUGCGAAACAUCGCUCGUUAAGGGAGCAACUUCUUCACAUUUUUUUUGUUUGGUGCUCUUUAUGCGAAUUACUCGUUAUGAGAGGUUCCACUGUAUUUCCCAUUUAUGUCUUCUCCAGCUUAAAGUCUUAUCAAAUGUUAAUUCAUGACUAAAACAAUUUUCUCAUUUUGAGUAUCCAAAGACGUAUAUGUCCCUCGUAGAGUUUCCUCCCCCCUAUCACCGACGACAUUAUUAAUGACUUCGCGGACAAGGAUACGCCGGCCAAUGAAUAGUUUCCCUUGUGGAAAGGAAAUUCUCGAUUAGAGGAGCGAUGACCAGCCAAUCAAAACACAAGCUUCUGAAAGUUAUUAUUAUUUUUUACUUAAAAAAACAAAAACAAAAAAAACAACAACAAAAAAAAACAGAUGAGUUGACCGAGAAAGGAAGCCUCGAGACGGGUGAAUUAAAGAUCUUGAAUUAGCUUUCCUGAACCAUGUAAACGGAAGUGGGACGAGAUAGAAAAUAUUUUUAAAAAAGAACCAAAAAAAAAAAAAAAAAAAUUGAAGUGGAAACGUGCUGAUUAAAAAACUAUACGUUUAGUUUAUUGGACAAAAUGGAACUAGACGAAUGUGAAUUCGAGAUUAUUCGGCCUUGAACUCCGGCUUGGGAUACAGAAAUGGGUCGCCCGAUCAUAACGUUAGGACGGCCGAGAGAAGACGAGCACGAGGGCGGAAGGAUCAUUGGAUGAUUAUCGGUAAUGUUUAUGCAGAUGCUCUUCACUGGAGGUCAUUACCGGACUCCCCCAUUUGUGAGCUCUGCUCCUGUUUGUCCAUUGCCUAAAAUGUGCCGUGAUGUGUCCGUUCACAAAAUGAUGUGCAAAUCACUGUUACACGUACAUGGUCUUGUUGUGAUCUGCACGUAGGUCAGUGUAUGAUCAGAAUAGUUGACACAUUUUUUGUGUGUCUGUUUAAAAAUUUAAAUUUCGCGCCAUGUACGUUUUAGGAGAGUAUAGGAGCAUGUCACAGUCAGAGUAGCCACACCCUCAUCCUCCAUCCAUUUUGUCCAAAAUCAGGACAGAUGCACCCGGGCACAUUAUUGUAAUGUGGAUGCGAUUCGUACAACAAUAAAAGAUCUAAUCAUUUUUUUUGGUGCUUAGUUUUUAUAAUUAUACGAUUAUUAAAACGAUUUUCAGCAUGAACAUUUUAUUUAAUUUCUGUAUUCCCUGUCAUUUUCUACAGAGUCUGAACUAAACUUAAUAUGUCUGUAUACUGUGGCUUCAACCCUUGUACAUUGUGUCUUCUGCCCCUGUACAUAUCGACUUCCACCCUUGACCAUUGUGUCUUCCACCCCUGACCAUUGUGUCUUCCACCCCUGUACAUUGUGACUUCCACCCCUGUACAUUGUGAUUUCAUCCCUGUACAUUGUGACUUCCACCCGUGUACUUUGUGUCUACGCCGCUGUAAAUUGUGUCUCCCAUUCCUUUACAUUGUGUCUUCCACCACUGUAUAUUGUGACUUCCUCACCUGUACAUUGUGCCUUCCACCCCCUGUAAAUUAUGUCGUCCACACAUGUAAAUUGUGUCUUCCAACCCUGUAUGUUGUGACUUUCACCCAUGUACAUUGUGUCUAUCCCCCUGUACACUGUGUCUCCCACCCCUUAUCAUUGUGUCUUCCACACCUGUACAUUGUGUCUUCCACCCCUGUACAUAGUGUCUUCCACCCACUGUACAUUGUGUCUUCCACCCCUGUAAAUUGUGUCUUCCACCCCUGUACAUUGUGUCUUCCACACCUUGUAAAUUGUGUCCUCCGCCCCUGUACAUUGCAAAUUUCACCCCUGACCAUUGUGUCUUCCACCCUUGUACAUUGUGUCUUCCACCCCUGUACAUAGUGACUCGAAGAAUGCAUUUAGCUGAAACGUCAUUAUAAUUCUUCCGUCUCUUUUUCGAGCCUAAACAUGAUCUGUCCCCAGUUUUUUUUACUCCGCCAACGAAGUGACAUAAGUGGGGUCUUACUGCUGUUGUUGCUUUAUAAGCCUGUGUCCCUUAAAGAAAGCGAAUCCAACCUAAACUGCGCCUCUAAUGACUUUUUGAUUAUUUGUGUGUGUUUUUUUUUUUUCAUUGCAGAUGAUCUGUCUGAGCUCUACAACCAACCUGUUAACAUCGAUGAGCAUAGACAGAUACCAGGUGAGUUUGAAAAAUCAACAGGUGCUAACAUGCAAACCAUUAAAAAAUCAAGUGAGUGCUUCAAUUUAUUACAAUGGGUCUCUUUAUUAGCAAGAGUUUUUGAUGUUUCAAAGGCAGCCAGUGGUGACUCUGAUGAUCCGGUUCGUCCAAAAAUAAAACGUAAGGCUCAACAAAAUGUGUUAGUACAAUAGUCUUGGUCAGCUUUGGACUUUACAUGAAAUUUGCUAUGUCACAGAAUUGCUUGAUUUGCACCAAGCUAUAAAUGUAGGUAUCCGCUAAAAUAUGACUCAUGAGUAUCUUAAGUAUGUCUUAAUACGCACCUACCAAGUACUUAAAAAAAACAACCAAAAAAAACAACAUUUACUAUUGAACUACACACCCAUCCAUCACCUAAACAUAUUCUUCCCCCCCCCCCUCUCCCAAAUUUGCCCUCCUCAAUAAAGAUGUCCCAUCGUAUGAAUAAACAUAUGAGCCAAUCAUACACACAAUCGCUGCUCGCGAUUUUAAUAAACAUUUUUUUCUUGCGCUCAACUCGCCAUCCACCAUUUAUACCUUUCUCCCUCAGUCUGUCCAUUAUUUUAUGGUCCACGGAGCCAAACCUGACGUCGCCAGCUCCCAUUAGUGUCCACUUCACUCUACCACUACUCCGAGAUUUCUCCCCUCCCCCCUUUUCUCCCGGGCACAAAGCCCGUGCUGUUCCCUUUCACUGUCCGACCCCCCCCCCACCCCAAACGAAAUCACGGUCAUCUCGUUUGUGGGGGAGCCAGUCCUGAUUCACCGUGAACAGUGAUGGACGGGGCCAAGUGGAGCCGCACCCGGGGAGUCUGAGGGGGUGGGGGCUCUGGUGACAGGGUGAUAAUGCGUACUGGUGAGACUUGGUCCUACUCAUGUGAUAUUUGAAGCAGACGGCACCCCACUGCCGUAUGACAAACUUUGAGUAGGAAACCAUCAUUUUUCCAUAUUUCUUUUUUUUAUUAUGUACAUACUUUAAUAAAAGACCUCCACUAAGGGACGGGGGCAGGACUUUUUUCUCGUUUUUAAUAUUCAGACCUUUAGCCCGUGAUUCUAUACUGUUAUCAUCUUUUUCCAUAUAUUUCUAUAUCAAACAAAUAUUAAUAUUAUUUUUUUUUUCGAUUUGAGACAAUUUUGUCCACAAUGUGCUUCUUGUGUAUUUAUUACCAGUAAUAGAAGCUAUGGCAUUGUUACGUUUUCCAUAACUCUUGUCACCUGUCUAUCUAUUGAGCCCAGCGAUUAUCUGCCCAUUAUUUCUGGGUUUCUUCUUUCCCCCCCCCCUUUUUUUUUCCCCCGAACCCCAUUCACCUAAUUGAAUUCGUAUCUCUUUUCUCUCUGAAUCUUCAUAAGCCUUUUAUGUUUCUAUAACUCUCUGUCUGGCAUUAUCCCUCUGCCGUUUUGUUAUACUCGUUAGAUCGUAUCGUCUCGUCUGUCCCCGUUCUUCUCUGCAUGUGUACUGAGCCAUAUACUCCCAUAUCUGGUUGUCUCCCCUUAUUUUCACGCGAGAAAAGAAACGGAUAUGAAAUGGAUUAUCCAAUAGCGCGGCCAAUUUGUUUGAAGAAAAAUCUUUUUUCUUCAUUUUUUUUCUUGGGCGCUGCAAUUUCGACCCCCCCCCCGUGCCACCCCGCCCCCCACCCCCCUGCCCCAAGAGGUGAAAGCCGAGAUAAGAUGUGCACAUCUUGUCCGUCACUCUGUCAUCAGCACCGGAUGGGUGGACCUGUUAAUGUUGCUGGAUUAAAGCCUUAAUUAGCACCUUAUAUACUAGAACACGGCAGCCGUAGAGACCUUGGACUGCUGUACAGCGAAAAAAAAAUAAUAAUGCCUUUGAGUUUCUUUGUUCGAAAGCAAAUGAAACCAAAUGAAAGAACUGACUUAUUGUACAUUAAUAUAUAACUUUAAAGUAAAAUGAAUAUUUUGUGGUGCGGUAUUUAGGUGUUCAAUUUGGCGUUGAGCAGUUUGUUGUGAUUCAAUAUUAAUGUAAUUUUUUUUCUUCUGAAAUCACACAGAGAACUGGGGUACGACAGUUUCAAAAAAAAUAUAUUUUUAUUAUCAAGGAGAAAAGAGCAAAUCGAUUGUUUUCACUUUCAUAUCAUUGGUCCAUUCCAUGAUCCGUUAUUUAAAUAUGGAUUGGAUGACGAUACCGGAAAUUUAAAAGAAAGACAGAUCUCAGAUUGAAAGCUAACAAUUAAUAAAUAUACAACUAAACAAAUUACAUUAUGUAUAUAAUGUUUGGAACUAAAAUUGGUUCCAAAUUCCCAAGCUGAAAAAAAAAAAAAAAUAUUCUGCCCUCACGGGCAGGCUACUCUCUUUUAGAACAGAUUUGGACGUACCCCAUUAAGAAAAAAUGAUACCGAUCUCAAGACAGACAUAAUGUAACAUAAAACUACCUUUAAAAAAUAAAAUUAAAGCUACACCACUGGAUGUACACAUAGUUAAGAUUUAGAAAUGCAUGCAAAUCACAGCCGCACAAGGCGUUAAAAACUAGUGAAUCUCAGAGUGUCCCACGGGACCAGCAGGUGCAAUCCUUCACUCAAACAAGGAAAUCAGGCAACACGGGUGGACAGAAGGAGAGGUGGGAGCGUGCAUGUGGGGGGGGGGUUCCCGGGGCAAUCUGAAAAGGAGUGCGUCUAGAAAAUAGGUGAAAUGUGCUAGACUUAAUGUCAACUUUACAACAUUCGAGAGUGCAGUCAUAGCAUUUGUAUAUUGCCGUGGUUAGCAUUGAGAUGGCACACACUUAAUUUUAUCGAAGCGGUACGUUUAAACCAAUCGAAAGUCGUAUGAGCAUGUGAGCAUUGUAUUUUUAGCGUUAAAAUCUUAACAAUAAGUUAAGAAAACAUAAGAUAAGUUAAGAUGAUAGGAUAAGAUAAGAUAUGUCUCUGUCUCUCCAUGUCUCUAUCUCUCUAUGUCUCUAUCUCUCCAUGUCUUUAUCUCUCUAUGUCUCUAUCUCUCUAUGUCUCUAUCUCUCCAUGUCUCUGUCUCUCCAUGUCUCUAUCUCUCUAUGCCUAUUUCUGGCAGUGUGUUAUUUCAAACGUAUUUCCUUUCCAAUCAAUAUCAUUUUUAUUGAUACGAUUAGUAUCAAAUAUUGCUGAGCUCGUAUUCGGAUUGAUUUACAGCUUGUUAUAUUUUAUGCAUUGUCCGAUGUCCAGUUCCGCUCUGGCCGAGCCAACCCUCGCGUCGUUUGAAACAUGUUGCAAGCAACAGUCGUAGGAUAACACAAUAAAGUGAUAUGGCUAAUGAUGAUUACCUCCCCUGUUGCCAGGCAACAUUCAUCAAGCUGGCAACGCUGAUUUAUUCACUGCGUCAUUCCGGGGGCAUAUUUUACGGGUCUUUAAUUAAUCAACUUCCGCCUUCCAAAUCAUCAGCUUUAUUGAAAACAAAGAAAACACAAAGUGUGUGGGGGAUGAGAAUGAGAGAAUGAGAGAAUGGGAGGAUGAGAGAAUGAGAGAAUGGGAGAAUGACAGAAUAGGAGAAUGAGAGAAUGAGAGAAUGAGAAAAUGAGAGAAUGAGAGAAUUGGAGAAUGAGAGAAUGGGAGAAUGAGAGAAUGAGAGAAUGGGAGGAUGAGAGAAUGAGAGAAUGAGAAAAUGAGAGAAUGAGAGAAUGGGAGAAUGGGAGAAUGAGAGAAUGAGAGAAUGGCAGGAUGAGAGAAUGAGAGAAUGAGAGAAUGGGAGAGUGAGAGAAUGAGAGAAUGAGAGAUUGGGAGGAUGAGAGAAUGAUAGAAUGAGAGAAUGGGAGAAUGAGAGAAUGAGAUAAUGAUAAAACGAGAGAAUGAAAGAAUAGGAGAAUGAGAGAAUGAGAGAAUGAGAGAAUGAGAGAAUGGGAAGAUGACAGAAUGAGAAAAUGGGAGAAUGAGAGAAUGAGAGAAUGGGAGGAUGAGAGAAUGAGAAAAUUGGAGAAUCAGGGAAUGAGAGGAUGAGAGAAUAGGAGAAUGAGAGAAUGAGAGAAUGAGAUAAUGAGAGAAUGAGAGAAUGGGAGGAUGAGAGAGUGUGAGAAUGAGAGAAUGAGAAAAUGAGAGAAUGAGAGAAUGGAAGAAUGAGAGAAUGGGAGGAUGAGAGAAUGAGAGAAUGAGAGAAUGAGAGAAUGGGAGAAUGAGAGAAUGAGAUAAUGAUAAAAUGAGAGAAUGAAAGAAUAGGAGAAUGAGAGAAUGAGAGAAUGAGAGAAUGGGAAGAUGACAGAAUGAGAAAAUGGGAGAAUGAGAGAAUGAAAGAAUGGGAGAAUGGGAGAUUGAGAGAAUGAGAGAAUGGGAGGAUGAGAGAAUGAGAGAAUGAGAGAAUGGGAGAAUGAGAGAAUGAUAGAAUGAGAAAAUGAGAGAAUGAGAGAAUGGGAGGAUGAGAGAAUGAGAGAAUGAGAGAAUGAGAGAAUGAGAGAAUAUGAGAAUGAGAGAAUGAGAGAAUGAGAGAAUAGGAGAAUAAGAGAAUGAGAGAAUGGGAGGAUGAGAGAAUAAGAGAAUGAGAGAAUGAGAUAAUGAGAUAAUGAGAUAAUGAGAAAAUGAGAGAAUAAGAGAAUGGGAGAAUGAGAGAAUGGGAGAAUGAGAGAAUGAGAGAAUGAGGGAAAGGGAAAAUGAGAAAAUGAGGGAAUGCUAGAAUGAGAGAAUAGGAGAAUGAGAGAAUGGGAGAAUGAGAGAAUGAAAUAAUGAGAGAAUGAGAGAAUAAGAGAGUGGGAGAAUGAGAGAAUGGAAGAAUGAGAGAAUGAGGGAAUGGGAGAAUGAGAGAAUGAAAGAAAAAGAGACUACGGUAGAGAUGAGGAGCAAAGAGAAGAGCAACGCAACAUGAGAGAAAUAAUACAAAAUUUAAAAGACAAACAAAACAAAGAACAUCAGAAAGCAAGAAUCAGAAAAUGAAAGGUAAGCAAUAUCUUGUAAUAAUGGUUGGCUCUCAAACUGUCAACCCGUUACGUAACAAAGAUACAUUUGUGAAAUAUACAUUUAAAAAAAACGUUAUGUCUCUAAUGAUAACAUGAAAGAAAAAAUAAUAAUAAUUAUUACCGUACAUAAAGUAAUAAUGGUCGCAGACAAAGAUAAAGCCAGUAUGGCACUUAUGACACCCAGAAGAACUUAAAACCACACAUGAAAAAAUGAAAAUAAAAUGUAUAUUUGUGAAAUAUUUUAUGGCUUAAGGAGGAGCUAUAAAAGGGGUGUGUGUGUGGGGGGGGGUCAGUUACCGGGAGAAUAGACCAAAGAGAGCUCAAUAAACAAAAUUGACGUUGUUUUCUCUCUCUCUUUCUCUCUCCUCUACAUCAACACAUCUCUGCUUACAUCCGAUAUCCUCUGGGCACGGGUCAAUGGACUGAUCCAUAUUUGUUUAAUUGGAAUACGGGGCGUAGCAUACACAGAUGUAAGAUACAGUUAGUGAAAAAUAUUUGCGAAAUGCAUCCUAUUCUCUAGGAAAUGAACUCGCCCAGCUUGUGCCGGACUAAACCAUUCGUUUGACCAGUAAAAACGGAGCUUGUUACAACCCGACCGCCAACAAUCCAGCAUAUUCCCAACACGGGGCAAGUUCCAAGGACGUGUGGAUAUGUGACAUUGUUUAUAGAUAUAAAGCUCACUGUCAAAGUAUACACACACACACACACACACAAAUAUUUGACAUUGUUAAUAGAUAUAAAGCUCACUGUCAAAGUAUACAUACACACACACACACAAAGAUAUGAACCUAAUUUGUAUACCGUUGAUUUGUAUAUUUGUGUGAAUAAUUAGUUCAGCAUUGUGGCCCAAAAUGUAAUUCAAUGUUCAAUAUAAAGUCCUACCACUUGUGUCCGUGGUCAGAAAUUUAAACAGAUUUCCCUCAAGGGAUUCGCUCAUUUUCCGGAAGGCUGGUAAAGAAAAUUUAUCAUCUGAAGCUGUCGGUGUCCUUCAUUACGUCACAUUAUGAUACUCGGCGUGGCUAAUCUUUACGCCAAAUUGUUUGCGAUUUUCACCGUCGUAAAAAAAAAAAAGUAUUUUUAAAAAACCGGACCCCCCAUAAUGAAGAAACAAUGUUUUUAUGGCGCCCUUUCCUGCAAGACGAGAUUUUCUGUGUAAUUGGAGUUUCCGUUUCAUUAUGGCUUCAUUACGUCAUAGAACGCGUCCCCCCCCUCCCCCCGACUCCCCGUUAUUUCUUCUUACAAUUAUCAGACCACAAACCAGUGUAAGCUUUCUCGGAUAAAUUUUUAUGGAUUUUAUUUCAAGGUUUAUGGAUAAAUACACAUUUAUGUUUUGGAGCUGUGCGAAGAAGUCACGUGAUAAAUCUUAAGAAUUGGUGACCAGCUCGCUUUCUGUUUGUACAUAGAAUUUUAAAAAAAAAAUGUUUCAGACUGAUCAGAUGGUAUAAGGAAAGUUGCCUUUAUGCGGAUGAAAAUCAAACUCAUAAAGAAAGCGUUUGAUCAUAUGUUAUUGUAUUGAACUGAUCGUGUCAGAAUGGUGUCAGGCAGGGGGGAGAGAAAGAGAGUAGAGACAGACAGACAGAGAGAGGGAGAGAGAUAGAAAGAGAGAGAGAGAGAGAGAGAGAGAGAGAGAAAGAGAACAUUAGAAAGAAUAAAAAGACGAAAAAGGUAUAAAAAGUUACAAAAACCAUUUGUUAUAUGAUAUAUGAUAUGUUAUUAGCUAAGAGCACCAGCUUUCAAUCAUUCGAUGAUUACCCUACACGUGAAACCCCGCCCACUGAAAAAAUAACUUUUAAAAUAAUUUUUCUAUCAAUUCCAUCAAGAGUAGAUUUGAAAUUGGAGCAUUUUUUUAUAACAAAAAUAUUGCCCCCUUAUUGGCAUUAAUUUAUUAAAUUAAAAGGCAUUACAAUUUUUUACCAGUCUGAUAUAACACCAUGUGUAUCGCAAGGGUCAUGUCAGGUGACCAGGAGAAAAGCAGCUAUUCCGAUUUCAGGUAUAAUUUUUGUUUAAUGAGAUAUUAUUUAUUUUUUUUUUAAAUUUGAUCUACAUAUUUUUUUGUUUAGGUAUUUUAGAAAUAAUUCUUUUGAGAUUAGCUUCCAUUUUUUUUACAUUUUAAAAAUAUAUUCUUUUGUUUUGUCUCCCCCUUAAUUUUUGUUUUAAUAUCGACGUCACCGAUUGAAUGUAUAACGCAGUAGCCACCCCACCUCUCCCUCCACUGGGAAAAGGUUGUGCACGUUCUAUUUGUUCUAAGGAAUGAUAUCGCAUGAAACAAUUUCUUGAAUUUCUUCACUUUGCAAAUAAGCUGACAGAUUUACAGUCUGGAAGAGAGAUUUUUAAAAUAAUUUUCCUAGACACCUACGAGACACAGUAAAGAGGCUUUACAAGAUUGUAGCCUUCUUGUAUGUGUAUAUUUUAAUAUUUUGUAUCUUUCGAGGCUUACACCUUUUCACUUGCUGUACUGUAAGUUAACAUGGAUUUUAUUUCUGGAUAUUUCAUUUAGUAUUAUUAUAUAAAUCUAAUAGUUAAUUUAAAUUGAAUAUUGUUAGUAUCACUAGCUAUCGUAUCAUUUUUCUUUGUAUAUUGGCUCUCAGUCAUUUCAUACGUAUUGUUACAAAAAAAUUAGCAAAAUCUUAAAACUGAUUUAAUUUACCACAAAAUUAUUUUUUAAAAAAUCUAACGGUACGGAACACGCAUGCCAUUUUUUUUUUUUUUUUUUUUUUUUUGCAUCAGAAAAGGGGAAAUUCCGAUUACCCUACUGGCAUCCCGUGCCGGGCAGUCGGUUCUAGAAGGUCGUCACUAUGACACAGAUACGUGGUAAUAACUAAAUGAAUUGAUGGAUACUCACCUUGUUAACUCAGUUAUCAUAGCGACCAAGGGUUACCUCCCGCUCGUAGCCUUCCCUGACCCUAGUCUUUGCUUCUCUCACCUCUUAUCUUCAAAUAGUUAUGAACAAUGAAGAAUUUUUUUUUUUUUUAAACUUAAGUGCAGACGUGCACAUUUUUAUGAAAAUAACAUGAUAUAAAUAUUUAUAACGAUCCUAAUCGUUUGAUUCACAUUAAUAAUCGAGCCAUAAAGACAGUGACGUAUAUCAGAACAGCAAUGCUUAAAAAUACAGUGUCAAGGCGUGAUUUAAAAAAAAAUCAACAACAUUAAGCUUGCAAUCAAAAUGUGGAGCAAUUGCCAAAAUCAUUUUUUUAAAAAGUGAAAGUUUCAAGCCUGCUAGAGGAGAUAACUUGGAGACCAGUACCACCAUACUAGAGGAGAUAACUUGGAGAACAGUACCACCAUACUAGAGGAGAUAACUUGGAGACCAGUACCACCACACUAGAGGAGAUAACUUGGAGACCAGUACCACCAUACCGCCAUAAUAUUAAUUCAUGGCUUCGUUUAGGAUGGAAGACAAAACUAUUGACAAAUUCUGCCAAAGACAUUUUUUGUGGACGUGCAUUUACGAAAUCAUUUUACAUGGCUACAUGCUGUUCUGUAGGCAAGGCCUGCACAACGUACGGCCCGCGGGCCACAUUCGGCACGCCAGCAGCCACUUUGCGACCCGCGAAGUUACGAAAUAUUCUUGAUUCUUAUUAUUUUCGAUAUAGGUUUUCCCUUUGUCCUAUUUUCUUUUGGCCCGCACAAGUUCUGUCCUAUUUUCUUUUGGCCCGCACAAGUUCUGUCCUUUUUUCUUUUGGCCCCCACAAGUUCUGUCCUAUUUUCUUUUGGCUCACACAAGCUUUCAUAAGGUAUUACGGCCCACCUUGCAUGUUGAGUUGUGCGGGCCUGCUGUAGGCAAUAGAAAAUGUGGUAUGGAUGUGUGGGAUAUGACGGUGCGUCACGCUCCCUGCGCGUGAGUCGUACUGGGGUCACUUUCCAGAUCACGUUCAAUUAUGUCUAACUAGAAUAAAUUAAGCUACGAACCGCAUUUUAGGGUAAGGCUAAAUAAAAAUUGUCUCUUUGACCUUUUUUUUACAACAAAAUAAAAAUCUGUAGUCUGCAGUAUUAGAAUUAUGUAGAAAAUCUAGACAAAUCAUGAAAGGGAAGAAAUGUGUAAGCCCUUUCUAGAAAUAUUAUUAACUCAGACUAUAAAAGGAAGAGAUAGAUAUUUGGUGUAGGGGGGGGUGGGGGAGCACCAUUACGAUAGAAAUUUUCUAUGCGAGACGGAGAUUUGUUUACUAACAGUUGAUGUGUGUGGAAGUUCCCUUUUCAUCAUUGUACCUAUUAAAACAUUGUAUCUUCUUCAUCAUUGUACAAGUACAAGUCAAUCAUUAUACUGUAAGUCAAUAGCUUUAAUUUCAUUUUGAUUAGUGAUUUUGUAAUUCAUUAUUAACUUAAUAAAAUUUAUUAAUUUCAAUUAGCCCUAGUUUGGGUAUCGUUUUCGUAUUUAUUGUAUGUAACAUAUGGUUUCGUCUUUAGCAUAUGGUAUCGUCUUUUGUUGUGUACCGUUUUAGCAAGAGCCAAAAAAUUAAAUGAGAAAUUAAUUUCUCCAUAUGGAUAACAGUACGUAACAUACAGUUCGGAAACAAUAAAAGUAGAAAUCCUAAAGUGUGAUGUAGAAAAAGUUUACAGACAUCACCAGUAACAGAAAAGCCAAACACUGUCGUCGUCCGCUUGCCUUACCAGCUUUUCCCAGAUCCCCAGCCUAAGUUUAUAGUACUCACAUCUCCUACCCUAUGGGGUCUCACAUUUCCUUUUAUUUUUUUCGUUUUUAAAAAAAAAAGUGUUUUUGGGUAAAAAGAAAAUGUGUUUUCAUUAAAUCUCGGUUGCGUACUUUUCUCGUCAUUUCAAAAACAGAAAGUCAUCAGACGCAGACGUGAUCUGGUUUAAACCAGCAAAUCAAGAGAUCCCGGCAGUUAACUUGUGGUAAUCCAACUCACUCGCGGUGUGUUUCGUUCACUUGAAUGACCUAAAUCUCUCUACAGUCAACACUCAUUCAGAGAAACGUGAGAUAGGCAACGGAUCUCAAAGUUGGGCGUCAGGAUGCUGGUGGGGGUCGCUGGAGCACAUUCGCGGCUGGUCGACUAAUGGCUAAUGGUGAUGAGGUGUGCGGUGUCAGCCUGACUCUCUUGUCAGUUUCUUACAAUGCUUUCUUAUCAUUUCUUGUAAUAGAGCCGAUUAUAUAAUAUCUAAAAAACCACAAAAAAACAACAACAUUAUUAUUCAUCCUACACUGUGAAGAUGACCGAGGCCAUUUUCGACUUGACUAGUAGAUAUGACUGGAGCUGCAUUUUGUUUAAGGUGAGGCAUAGCGUCUCACUGUGCUCUUUAUGCGUUACACGUCACAGGGGUUGUCGGAAUUUUAAUUGUGUCAUACCGCUGACGUUACUCCAUCUCAGGGUUUCAUUUCAAAGUGUGUUUUCUCUAGGAUGAGUUGCCAUCCAAGGUAAAAAUGACGCAUCCUUCCAUAAAAAAAAAAAAAAAAAUUACGAACAGCUGAUUUGGCACCUACGUAUUUUUGACAUUGCCAGAGAGAUAACUUGUAUACUCUUCGAAACUCAGCUCUCAAUCGAAUUACAUUCCUUGAAUUGAGAGAUAUGAGUCAGUUACUUGGAGGUCUGAGUCAGUUACUUGGAGGUCUGAGUCAGUUACUUGGAGGUUAAAGUCAGUUACUUGGUGGUUUAAGUCAGUUACUUGGAGGUUUGAGUCAGUUACUUGGAGGUUUGAGUCAGUUACUUGGAGGUUUAAGUCAGUUACUUGGUGGUUUAAGUAAGUUACUUGGAGUUUUGAGUCAGUUACUUGGAGGUAUGAGUCAGUUACUUGGAGUUAUGAGUCAGUUACUUGAAGAAAUGAGUCGUUAACUUGGAGUUGCUAGCAUCAAUCGAUAUUUCCUUUAAAACAGAAGGAGUCGGAUUAGUUGUUCUUUAAAUAUAUUUUAAGUUAAUUUAAUUUUUUUAUUAGAAAAGCAUUCGUGAGCUCUGGCAUAAUUUUGAGAACCUUUCCUUAACUACAUUGUGUAUUUUACUCUGGAGGCUGUUUGGUUUUUUCAGCUGCUUUACCUACCAAAGAUGUGGCUUGAAUCAUUGUAACACUUAGAAUCAUUCGGGUGAUCGCUUCCCCCUCGUUUAGUCAGGGAACACUUUGUAGAACAAGGGGGAAGUCUGGAGCGGAUGACACCAUGAGCUUACCGCACCGGUCGACUCCAACCCUAGUGACGCGUCCGCCAGUACCCCACAUGAAGAAAUUUCAAAUUUUAUUUAUUUAAAAAAUUUUCUUUUUUUUUUUUUUUUGGUGGGAGGUAGAUGUUACGUAUUGCCAUCUAUUGUGAGAAAUUAAUCUCUUAGUUAAAGUUUUUGGCUCGUUCUACCCACAUGAAGAAAUUUCAAAUUUUAUUUAUUUAAAAAAUUUUCUUUUUUUUUUUUUUUGGUGGGAGGUAGAUGUUACGUAUUGCCAUCUAUUGUGAGAAAUUAAUCUCUUAGUUAAAGUUUUUGGCUCGUUCUAAACAGUGCUUAACAAAGGACGAUGCCAUAGGGAAAUAUAAUAGCAAAAAUAUGACACUCAAAACAGUAGUAAUUACAAUUAAUAAGAUUUAUUUAAGUAUUAAUAUAAUUACAAAACAAAAGAAAUAUAAUUACAGUCAUCAACUUACAGAGUAUGAGAAGUCUUGUACCGGUACACAGUUAGUACAGUGUGCCAAUUUAUAAAGUACAAUGAUGAAUGCGAAUAAACACAUAUGAGUACACAAUAAUACACUUGUCGCGUGAAGUGAAAAAUAUCGAUCUAUCAAUCCAUCUCGUCUUUCAAUUCCCCGGCUUUAUAUAUGGUUAUCGCCUGUUUCUAAGAAGAUUCGGGGGGGGGGGAGGGGGGGCAGAAUAUACAUUGUAGUCAUGACCCGAAACUUUUACAAAUUUCUAUAAUUUACUACAAUUUUGUACUACAUUCGAGUCAAGACAAACAGGCGAUAGAUUUUUCUGUGGUAAAAAAAAAGAUCAAAAGAAGUAUGCCACCCCCAAUACGAACGCAUUCUAAUUUGGGGGUCAUUAUGAGUUCACCGCACGGGAAAAGUGUGACGUAAACACGUCCUACAUAACAGGGGAUGUCAUCGUAAAUUCAGUAAUUCAUUUCGUGAAAUAUGUAUUUUUGUUUGUUGGCCAGUUCAGCUUUCAUCAGUGUGACGAUAACGGGUCAAUGAACAACGGUGACAAAGAUCCUCUAUACCAACAUGAGAUUCGGUUUUCGCUCUCUCUCUCCCUCCCCCCCCCCCCCCCCCCCCCCCCCCCUUUCCCGGCCAUCGUAAAACUAAGGUUGAUCAGCCAACAACCACCCCCGAGAGAGUUACUCGACUGACAAGGAUCGCCUGAGGAUUUAAUCCGCGGGGCUGACUGGAAACUGGGAUCGAGGACGAAUCGAGGGUUCAAUUAAUGGUCGCCACUGUACAAAUAUAUCUUUGCUUUAUUUAUUUUCACGACCAAAUUCAUGGGUUUGUUUUGUCACCCGAAGACCUUGGCUUCAAUGUCUUUUUAGAAGAAAAAGAAAUGAUGUAACAUUACGGCUAGAUUGUUAAAUAAAUAGUCUGAACGUUAUUCGUUAUCAUCUCUACUAUUUACAUUAAUAUUUACAUUGUGCCAUCGUUGAUCAGACACGGGAACUCUAUUACAAUAACACUGCUCACGUUAUUAUGAAAUUAUUCGAAACCUAGAAACUUAGCAACUUCGAGUUCCCGAAAAAAAAAACUGUAUCUUAGAUAAAUAUACUUUCGAAAAUAUUUAUUGAAACUUUAUCAUUUACAUCUUUAUUAUGAUCAACUGCUAGUUAGACAUGAGUGGCGCCACGGUGCGGUGACUAAGUUGGUGUUUUGUUGUUGUUGUUUUAAAUUUUUCCGUUGCUUGGACAAUGCGUAAAAACACAAUGUUUUAUAAAUGGGUUUAGUUCAUGGAGGAGUUUUGGUUUGGUAUUCUUUGUGGUUUUAAAAUUACUUGACUUAGUUUUCUGAUUGACGUCGAUAUGUGUGUGAUUGUUUAAUUACUUGACAUAAGUUUUAAUUGAGUUCGAUAUGUGUGCGAUUGUUUAAAUACUUGACAUAAGAUUUAAUUGAGUUCGAUAUGUGUGUGAUUGUUUAAUUAUUUGACAUAAGUUUUAAUUGAGUUCGAUAUGUGUGUGAUUGUUUAAUUACUUGACAUAGUGUUCUGAUUGAGGUCGAUAUGUGUGUAAUUGUUUACUUACUUGGCAUAACGUCUAAUUAAGUGAUGCUCUCUGUCUGUCAUCACACAAACUUCUAGUGGGCGAAAAGGAUUGAGGCCCGGGGAGGGGGGGUGUCGAGUGAGGAGCUCUCAUUUGUCCUGUGUUUGGUUAAUUGAUGAUAACGUAGAUUCAUUAGGCUGACAGUACAGACAUAAGUGGGACGAUGGGACAGUGGGGAGAUGGAAGCUAAUUAACUGGAUUUAACAUUCAACUGGAACAAAACAGCUUAGGGACGCAAAAAAUUGAAAGAGGGGGGUGUGAACGGCUGGGGAUGAGUGGGCGCGGGGGUAGAAGUGGAAAUUAGGUCAAGGUCUGGGACUUCAAGGGCAUGGGCAGAGGGGGUUACGGCCUCCUACAUUGCAAUGGAAAUAGCACAGCAAAUUAAUCCCGCUUGUCUCCUUAUCUUCUCUCAAUGAGCCCAAAUGACAUUGCAGAUAUAUAAUUCAGAGGUCCUCAAAAUCCUAUGAGCUACGCAAAUCGUUUUAUAUUUUUAUCAAAACAAAAAACAAAAAAUAUGAAGAAAAAAAAACCUGCUCCUGGACGAAUGAUCUCUCUGGCAUUUCGCAAGAUGUAAGAUCUUUCCCCUGGGAUCAGAUGUAAGAUCUUUUCUAUGUGGGUCAUAUUGAGAUCUUUUCUAUGGGAUCAGGUGUGAGAUCUUUUCGAACCCAUAAGAUAGAAGCUCUUUUCUAUGAGAUCAAAUAUAAGAUUUUCUAUGAGGUCAGGUGUAAGAUCUUUUCUAUGAUGUCAAAUAUAAGAUCUUUUCUAUGAGUCAGAUGUAAGAUCUUUUCUAUGUGGUAAAAUGUAAGAUCUUUUCUAUGAGGUCAGAUGUAAGAUCUUUUUUGGGGGAUCAGAUGUAGUAUUUUUUUAAGUUAUCAUAGGUAAGAUCACUUCUAUGUGGUCAAAUGCAACACUUUUUCUAUGCUGUCAAAUGCCAGUUCUUUUCUAUUUGGUCAGAUGUAAUAUCUUUCUACGGGCUUAAUUUUGAUAUCUUUUCUAUAUGGUCUAAUGUGGGAUCCACUCUAUUUGGUGAUAUGUAAUAUCUUUUCUGUGUGGUCAGAUGUGAUAGAUUUUCUGUGUGUGAUCAGAUGUAAUAUCUUUUCCGUGUGGUCUGAUGUGAUAUCUUUUUUUUUUUGAAGUGGUCAUAUAGAAGAUAUUUUCUAUGUAAUAAGAUGUCAAGUAUUUGGUUGUGAUUGUAAUGGAUCAACAGUUAUGCAAUACCUCUUUUUUUUUUUAGCAACAAACCCUAUACAAAAAUUUCUCAAAUGAAACUAAGUACAUUUUAUCUCAGUGAUUCUCACAUUGACGCUGAAAACAGAAUCCUAAUAGAUUAUUUAAUCACCAUGUAAUCGAUGCACGUCGCGCCUUAGUGAGCAGUUUAUUGGACUCCCGAUUACCAACGCACUAUUAAAUGCAAAAUACCUGCUGGGAAAAAAAAAAGUAAUUUUCCAUAACGAUAAUCCAUUCUUUAUCAUAAUUUGUAUCCGAGAUGGGAAUAUAAGCCAUCCAAGCAUGUAGUUUACAUCCAGAAUGCCUUUGUUCACCGGAAAGCCCAUUAUGUAUGUGUAGGCCACAGAGCCGAUUAUGAAUGCGUAUAUAUAGUGCUUAUAUGAAUACAGUGAAUGACUUGACAGCUACUACUUUGGCGACAGCAGAUUACGAAUAAAAGAAAAGAUCGAGUACUCUUAGAGAUAACUUCGCAAACAGAUACCAAAAAAAAAAACGCAGUCUAUUACUCGGCCCUAUUAAUGUAUUCAUGAUUACUUCAAGUCCCAUCGGCGUUGGUAUUGUAUCGAUUUGAGUAGGGAGGAAAUGGUCGAAAUUCUUCAGCAAUUUGUCAUACUCGUCUGCCAAAAUGUAUUAAUCCCUGUUGUUGGGCGCCCCCUCCCGCCCCCCUCCAGACAUCCCCUCCACUCCCCUCUCCUUCCAGCUUUGUCUCUAAUGUUUCGGUGCUCUUCGCAAAAUGGUUUUAAAAAUAAAAUUAAUAGAUCAAUGAGUCUCACUUUGUUUUGUAAUAAACUGUGUAUUCAUGAACCGGGUAAAAUGCGUGAACAGACUAAAUAUUCAUGAACAGACUAAGUAUUCAUGAACAGACUAAGUAUUCAUGAACAGAUUAAGUAUUCAUGAACAGAGCUUUAAAUAACAUGGAAGCAAUGUCUAAGUUAUCUUUGCUGUCACCAAUGCAUUUGCUGUCUUUAUACAAGACAUAUCCAUUAGUCAAUAUUAAACAUUUUUGACCAUGUAACAUUAAGGAUUUCCAUACGUGAUAAUAGGUACCCCCACAGUGAGUGAGACUAAGUACACUCACAGUUCAACUAAGUGCCCCCACAGUUAAACUAAGUACCCCCACAGUUAGACUUCAUUCUCGCUAAACUUUAUCAUCGUAUUCAAAAGGUGCCCCCUACCCCAAAAAAAAAAUUGUUUUCUAACUUAUCCAAAACCCUUAAUUUUUUUUUAACUCUUUGUAUUUCCUCCCGACAGGUCAUCGUGAAGCCCAUGCAGUCCCUGGCCAAGAGACCCCGCAUCUGGUUAAAGAUCGCCAUCUCCUGGGCCAUCAGCCUCAUCUUCCCCAUCCCGCAGCUCUUCAUCUUCGUCCAGUACAACGAAGGCGUCAAGUUCGACGGCACCCCGCGCCGCAUCUGCGGCAGCAAGGGCUACACGCACCCCUGGCAGAGGAAGGUCUACUUCACAUUCACCACCCUGUACAUCCUGAUCGUGCCCAUGGUCAUCAUGUUGUACUGCUACGUCAAGAUCAUACGCGUCGUCUGGAUCAGGGCGAAAAACGAAUACCGCCGACAGCCGCCGUGCCUCGUGCCACCGAAACCCCCGGUGACGACCUCCGGACCGCCGACAACUCCGCCCAAGAACUUUUCGGAAAGUGGCGAGAAAGGGGGCGUCCGAUGCGGGUGCGACUGCGGCGAGAAGGGGAAGAGGGACUCGGUCUCGAUACCCAUCGUGAGCUGGGCGCGGAACGUUAAGGAGAAGAAAGACACCAACGAUAAUCCCGAGGACAAGAAGGCGAACGCGUCCGACCCGGGCGACGACCUCAAUCUGGGAUCUCCGAGGAUGAGCGUCAGGCGGAGCCUGGUGACGGCUUCGAAACGGCGCGCGAUCAUCAUGACGCUGAGUGUGGUGAUAAGUUUCCUCGUCUGUCACACGCCUUAUUUUCUGAGCACUCUCGUGCGGAUCUACAGCGACUACGAGGUGGCGCUCGAGACAAUCAAGGUGCUGGGGGAGUUCAUGGUGAUGGUGCACAGCACACUCAACCCCUUCCUGUACGGACUGUUCACGCUGAGGCAGUAUCACCUCAAAUACAUUCUCUCCCUCGUCACGUGCUCGAGGAGGCCGACGGCCCCCCAGGGCCUGAGGCACAGACAGUUUUCCGACGAGAGGCAUCAGCUGCUUAACAGCGUGCGGUCCAAGCUGAUACGCCACAGCAACAGAAACGCCAGUACGGCGGCCCACGACAGCAAAGCGAGGAAGACCGGCAGGCGGGAGCAGCAUCCGAGCCAGAUCUCUGCGACUACCGUUUCCACCACCGGGGUUACGGCCUUGACAUCAUCUCCCUUCCCCAUGCAGACCCCUCCACCCUCGUCUAUCCUCAGCAAAUUUCGAUUGAGGCCUCGGCCCAAACCCACGAAAAACGUGAAAACGAACCGAAAGGGGCGCCAAACCCAGAACCCACUGCUGUACGCUAAUGCAGACGCGAUUCACUUGAAGGAUCAACGCAGGACCACGUCCGUCGAGACGGAACACUCGGAAGUGGAGACCUCCACGUCCCCCGUGUCGCAGAAAGAUUUCUCGAGCGGAUCACUGAUCGCCAACACGCACGUCCUCAAAACGAACGCGCCCCUUCCGUUAGCCGUGUCAGACGUCUGCCGGGCGGACCCGAGGGUGAAGCACGAGGGCCCUGACGUCACGCCCAUCCCGAAGUUCUCCAGCGUGGAUGAGUGUGACGUCACGCGGCGUCACAAACCCGUGCCCUGGACCCCUCAGGACGACGAGUUUAUCAUUGGAGGGCUGACUCGUGUCUGACGUGAUGUGAUCCUGCGGUUGCUUUCCUAAAUUCAUUUUUUAAAAAAAAUAAAUUCUGUGAUGUUUUGUUUCAUUUUAUGUAUUAUUCUAUGACGCGGGAAUUUUAAAAAUUCCUCAUGUCAGAGCCACAACGUCUUGACACAAAUUACGUUUAUCUGGGAAGCAUGAGCCAUGUUAAUUUUUACUAUUGAUUUUUUAGUAUUUGAACGUGCGACCAGAAUGGCCCUCGCUAAAAUUCUCCAAAUGUCUCUCUUUAUAAAAGGGGGUCUUUUUUUUUCUUUUACAAACUGUUUUUUUUUUU